UCUCCUCUCCUAUGGAUUCUCACACGCGCGCACACAAUACACAAGAAGAGAGACAUCCUCCGAGGCUCUCUAACCUUUUACCACAGAUAGAAAAACACGCCGAAAACACGUACAACGAUGAAAGGAGAGAGAGACAUUUAAGAAAACAAAACAUCAAAAUUGGAGAGAGAGAGAGAGAGAGAGACAGAGGGAGGGUGUAUCGUGUGUGUGUGUGACAGAGAAACACAGAUAUACACCAGACACAGAGAGAGAAAGAGAGAAAGAGAGAGAGAGUGGCCGUUGAAACGGCCACCUCCACCUCAACGUCUGGUUGGCGACCAACGUGAUUAUUCUUUCCCGAAAGAAACUUCGUCCACUUUCCAAUUUUCUCGGGAAAAGGGAAAGGAAAAAUCUCAGAAAAUUCACCAAUUUCAAAUAUCCUUCAUUGGCCUGCUUCACCAUCGUCUUUUUUUUUUUGUUUCUUUUUUCUUUUCUUUUUUCCUUUGUUUUACAGUCUAUCCUUUUCCCAUUCCCCAAACGGUGGUGUUUGCUGGGCGUAAUAAGGUAAAUUCAUUCAAUUUCUUCACUACCCGUUUUCUCAUUUGUCCUAAAUUUUAUUCAAUUGCCUCACUACCCAUUUUCUCAUUUGUCCUAAAUUUUACAUCUUUUUGCUUGUCUGAAGCUAUAUGUAAUAACAUCUUUUUUGGGUUUUGGCUCAUUUGGGAGAGUUUUUUUAUUGAAUUCGGAGAGUUAAAUUUGUAAUAUAGUACGACAAAAAAGAGAUGCAGCACAAUAUAUUCACCACAAUGCGUAGUUUGAAGAUCAUGGACGGGUGUAAAGGCACGCAGGUCUAUGCCCUUAACCCAUCCGGACCCACCACCGGUACCGGUGGUGGUGGUGGUGUAGGAGACAAGCUUCUACACCAUCUUCAAGAUUUCCGGGCCAAUUCGAUUCGAUCCAAAUCGAAUCGGACUUUCCAAGCAACCCCUAACGCGACCGUUAAGAUUGCACCUGAGAAUCUUCUACCGUAUGGACUCCCCGUGACCGAUCUCCUUGAGCCCCAGAUUGAACCGUGCCUCAAAUCCGUUGAUUUCGUUGGAACCUUAGCCGAUGUGUAUCGUAGGAUUGAGAGUUGUUCUCAGUUCGAGAAAUUUAAGGUGUAUCUAGAACAAUGCGCGGUGUUCCGGGGUCUAUCCGAUCCAAAAUUGUUCAGGCGGAGCCUUAGGUCGGCUAGACAGCACGCCGUUGAUGUGCACAUGAAGGUUGUGCUUGCUGCGUGGCUGCGGUUCGAGAGGAGAGAGGAUGAGCUUGUUGGAUAUUCAGCAAUGGAUUGUUGUGGACGGAAUCUUGAAUGUCCAAAGGCAAGUUUGGUAUCCGGGUACGAUCCGGAAUCGGUAUAUGAUCCUUGUGCGUGUUCCCGGACCCAUAGGGAGGAAGUUGAUGAUGACAUUUUGAUGGGGGAUGAGAAAUGUUCAACUUCGGAGGAAGAUGGUGAUAUGUCAUUUUGCAUUGGGGGUCUUGAAAUUAGGUGUACAAGAUACGACAUUGCCUCUCUAUCGAGACCAUUUAGAGCAAUGUUGUAUGGUGGCUUUACAGAGUCACGAAGGGAGAAGAUAAAUUUUUCACAGAAUGGGAUUUCUGCAGAGGGGAUGAGAGCUGUGGAGGUAUUUAGUAGGACGAAAAGAAUAGGUUCUUUUGACUUGCAUAUUGUCUUGGAGCUACUCUCUUUGGCAAACAAGUUUUGUUGCGAGGAGAUGAAGUCUGCUUGUGAUGCUCAUUUAGCAUCUCUGGUUUGUGACAUGGAGGACGCAUUGUCACUAGUUGAGUACGGUUUGGAGGAGACUGCAUAUCUUCUAGUGGCUGCUAGUUUGCAGGUGUUCUUGAGAGAGCUCCCAAGUUCGAUUCACAAUCCCAAUGUUAUGAGAUUUUUUUGUAGUUCAGAGGCUAGGGAAAGAUUGGAUAUGGUUGGGCAUGCUUCUUUUGUUUUGUAUUAUUUCUUGAGCCAGAUUGCCAUGGAGGAAGACAUGAAAUCAAACAUUACGGUGAUGCUUCUGGAGAGGUUGCAGGAGAGUGCAAUUGAAGUUUGGGAGAAACAACUUGCAUUUCACCAGUUGGGUGUUGUGAUGCUUGAGAGGAAAGAAUUUAAAGAUGCACAACGUUGGUUUGAGGCAGCAGCUGAGGUGGGUCAUUUUUAUUCGUUAGCGGGUGCUGCAAGGACCAAGUAUAAGCGUGGGCACAAGUAUUCAGCAUACAAGCAGAUGAACUCGCUCAUUUCAGAUUAUACACCAGCUGGCUGGAUGUAUCAGGAGCGAUCUAUGUAUUGUGUGGGGAAGGAGAGGAUGGCUGAUUUGAACACUGCAACUGAGUUGGAUCCAACUCUCUCUUUUCCAUACAAGUAUCGGGCUGUUUCCCUAUUGGAGGAGAGCAAGAUUGGAGCAGCAAUCUCAGAGAUCAAUAAAAUCAUUGGAUUCAAGGUCUCACCUGACUGCCUUGAACUGCGUGCCUGGUUUUCCAUUGCUCUAGAAGAUUAUGAAGGAGGUCUAAGAGAUGUCCGGGCACUUUUGACAUUGGACCCAAAUUAUAUGAUGUUUCAUGGGAAAAUGCAUGGUGACCACUUAGUAGAGCUCGUCCGCCCUCAUGUUCAACAGUGGUGUCAGGCUGAAUGCUGGAUGCAACUCUAUGAUCGAUGGUCCUCUGUUGAUGAUAUCGGCUCUCUAGCUGUUGUACACCAUAUGUUGGCAAAUGACCCCGGAAAGAGUCUCCUACGCUUUCGGCAGUCUCUUCUUCUACUCCGGUUAAAUUGUCAAAAGGCUGCUAUGCGUAGCCUCAGGUUGGCUAGAAAUCACUCUACUUCUGAGCAUGAAAGGCUUGUCUAUGAAGGAUGGAUAUUGUAUGACACUGGCCACCGUGAAGAAGCAUUAGCUAGGGCUGAGGAGUCCAUUUCCAUACAGAGAUCAUUUGAAGCUUUCUUUCUUAAAGCAUAUGCUUUAGCAGACUCUAGUCUCGAGCCUGAGUCUUCAGCAUACGUCAUCCAGCUUCUGGAGGAAGCUCUUAGAUGCCCUUCAGAUGGCCUUCGGAAAGGACAAGCACUAAAUAAUCUUGGGAGUGUCUAUGUGGACUGUGAUAAGCUGGAUUGUGCUGCUGACUGCUACAUGAAUGCACUUAACAUCAAGCAUACACGAGCACAUCAGGGUCUGGCACGUGUAUAUCAUCUUAAAAAUCUACGUAAAAAUGCAUAUGAUGAGAUGACAAAGCUUAUAGAGAAGGCCCAAAACAAUGCAUCAGCUUAUGAGAAACGUUCAGAAUACUGUGACCGUGACAUGGCAAAGAGUGAUCUUAGCAUGGCAACACAAUUAGAUCCCCUGAGGACAUACCCUUACAGAUAUAGGGCCGCGGUUUUAAUGGAUGACCACAAAGAAACUGAGGCCAUAGCAGAGCUUACAAGGGCCAUAGCUUUCAAGCCGGACCUGCAGCUGCUACAUCUUCGAGCAGCAUUUCACGAAUCAAUGGGGGACUAUGUCUCUACCGUUCGAGACUGUGAAGCAGCCCUAUGUCUCGAUCCCAGCCAUGCUGAUACUCUUGAGCUCUAUAACAAAGCAAGGGAGCGGGUUAAUGAACAACAAAAGUGAAGAUCAGAAGUCCCUGAUUCUGUUUCUUUUCUUCAUUUUAUUUAUGGGUGCAAUCAUGUGUUGCCAUCGACUCUUGUCUAAUUCAAGGCCACCACUGUCAGCUCAAGAUGGAUUUUUUGGAUUAGUCUCUAGAAACACUCGAAUAUCGGAUUUGGUAUGGCCCUUGAUAGAGAAGGAAUUCAGGAGUAAAAGGAGAUUUUUGUUUUGAAAAGAAGGGAAUGUAGAGCAAGAUACUAUGUAAAUAUGUCAACUGGGUUAUGGAUUAUCAAUUGGUGAUACCUGUAAUGCAGACUGCCACUGCUGCUGUCAACUAUACUAAUUUUGGUUGAGAUGGUAGUAAAAUUAGCUACGGUGGAAAGAAAUAUGUAUAUGAAAUGGCAGCUUGUGAUGUAAGUUUGCCCAGUUUAGAGGCAUACAUUCAUUGUUUUUUGUUGAGCAAUUCACAGCGCAUUAAGCUUUUC